GCACACAGUGACCGCUCCCCGGUCCCCGCCGCUGCCGGCAGCCGCGGCCUGUCCCCGAGGAGGCGGUGCGGGCGUGGGGAGGCCGCGCGGGGCUGGCCUGGGCCGCGUGUAGCAUGCGUGGGCUUGCGUUUCCGCGCGUGGGCCAGAGGAAACGUGAGUCUCCGUUGCUGACGGCAGGUUCUGACCCUCCCUGUGGCCUCUGGCAGCUUCCCGGACCCCACCGCAGAGUUUUGGGAGGCCAUGGAGCAGCACAUCCCCGUUCACGCGCUGCCCGAGGAGAUUCGAAAGAUGUCCCGGGAUGAGACAGUAUGCAAAUACUGUGGAGUCAGCUAUUUGAUACUUCAUGAAUUUAAGGUGAUGGAAGAAAAAGUAAAAGCAAUGGAAAAGGAAAUUAAAUUUUAUGAAGGAAGUAUAGAACGGGAAAAAGGACUUCAAGCAGAAUUGCAGUCUCUUUACCAAGACCUUGAACACUAUCGAGCUGACAGUGAAUCAAAAACAGAAAGAAUAAAAAACCUAACCGUGGAACUUAAAAACAAGCAAGAUGAAUUAAAAAAUGUGAAAGAAGAUUUGCUGUAUUUCCAAGAGGAAAAGGAAGCUGCCUAUAAGCAAUCACAGGUGCUCAGAAAUACAUUGGAACACCAUUGCUCAACUCUCAACAAGGCUGUCUCACUGUUUCCUUUUAUUAGAAGUGAACUAGACGGUAUUAAAGAAGUCAUCUCCAGUAACCUGGAGAACUGGUCUGCCAUGAAAGAAGAAAUUUUUCUACAAAUAAAAACAGUUAGCAAAGAAGCUUUGACAGAAAUACCCAAAUUGAAUCAAAGAUUAGCAAAAUCCCAGAGAGAGAAUGAAUGCCUCCAAGAAAAGGUAAAACAUCUGACGUUGGUGGCCGACACGGUUGAGCUGAAAACUCAACAGCUUCAAACUUCACUUCAGCAAGGGAAUGAGCUACAAAGUAGAUGCCGUGAACUACAAAAGGAAACAUUAGAUUUAACAAAUCAAGUAGAGACAAUUGGACUGAAGCUGCAGAAAGUAACAGCCGAGAUGGACCACUACAAAAAGCUGUUAAUGGUGAAGUCAGCGGAACUUGAUGUCUGUCAAAAUGAACUGAAAAAAAUGAAAUACGAAAAUGGAAUUUCUGAGUCAAGACUUAUGAAAGAGCUCAAGGAAAAGGAGGAAUCUCUUCUAAUUUGCCAACAAGUAUGCAAACAUUUACAGGAAGAAGUGGCUGAGAAAGAAAGGAAAGAAGACGAUCUAAAAAGAAGAACCGGUCGAUCAGAAAGUGAGCUGGAAGCACUUAAAGCUCUUCUUAGACAAACAGAGGAAGAGGUGGUGAUGUUGAAACAAGAAAGGGAGUUAAUGCUGAUUUCUCAUCAGAACAGAACAGAGCAGCUGCAGGAAACAUUAAGACAGAAGAUGUGGAAUGAAGAUAACUGGAGGGAGAAGAUGGAAAUUGAUCUGGCUAAAGGUGAAGCACGACACAAAGAGGCGAUUCUUAAAGUCAAGGAAGAAGCGAGAGUGGAACUAGACAUUGAACGACAAAAACAGCAAGAAUUAAUCACAAAAUAUCAGAGAGAUCACGAAGAGCUCCAGAAGAAGAUACCAGGAUUAAUAUCCACUGCCACCAAUAGCUUAAGGAUGGAGACAGAAAUUCUUGAAAAGAAGCUACAAGAUGCCCAGAUCAAACUUGCAGAGAAAGAUGAAGAUAAGGAAAAAGAAAUUCAGAGCCUUAAAAGACUAAUUACUGAACUUGAAUUUCAGCUGACGAUGGAAAAGAACAAUAACGAAUCAUUUCUGGAUAAUAUGAGGAAAGAAAUUAAACACAAGUCAGAUGAACUGGAAAAAUUAACCCAGGAGAGGACACAGCUGAUUCACAAUUUGAGUCAAGUUCAAGAGGAGAACACUCUUCUCCAGGAAACGGUGCGCCGAGAGUGUGAGGAACGCUAUGAGCUGACUGCAGCUUUGACUCAAGCCAGGGAACAAGUACUGGAACUAAAAAAGCUCAGUGGAAACUUCCCGUUAUCUCCGUGUUCCCUGACUCAGGGCAGCCUAACCUCCUCUGCUGCCCUGCUUGCCGAUUACGGACAGAAAAGCCGCACAAGCCCCGGCGCUGGGAAGGAAAUCAAUCUCUUUGGACAGUUUGGUAUUUCAAGAGCUGCUCAGGCACCCACCUCCAGUAAGCGUAACAGCAGCGGCAGCGUGGGCUUGCCAGCACUGACCCCACCGCAUCCUCCGAGAGGAAGGGCGGCUUCGCUGAAUGAGCCCAGGAGCAGGAUUGCUGCAGUUAUAAGAAGACAACUGAGUCAGCUCUGACAGCUACAUACGCAUGCGUAGCACGUGGGAAACCAUUCCAGUGCAUCAAAUGACCAUUUACUUGUGGACCCCUGGGGUCCAAUCUUAGCCGAUGCAAUCCAUGCCUUUCUACAACUUAAAAUUAAGUUAAACUUUUAUAUAUUUUUGAUGCAAUAAUGUUUCUUUGUCCAUUGCAUAUCAAUGUAAUUACAUGCUAUCUACAUUUCAAGAUGAGAAAAGUAAAAAAGAAAAAAUAUUGUCUCUCCAAGAGGAGCACAUCUUCAAUAGAUGUAAUUAAAAUAAUUGCCAACUUCAAAUACUGUUUUCCCUGACCACUUCAUUGGAAUUUUCCCAUUUUGUGUGUUCUCCCAUGUAACUUAACUGCUCGUU